UUAAAUGUCAAACUAGCACACGUGAGAUUUGUUUUUAUGUUUUUAUUGAAAAUUUACUUCAAUAUUGUGAGACAAAUUACAAAAUAAGCAUGAUAAAAACAGUCGAAAUGACAAAGCCCACGGUAAAAGUAUCAGUGUCGGAUUCUGAAGAAUCAAGUGUAGAAGAGUCGGGAGAGUCAGACAAUGAAGUGGAAAUGGCAGCAGACGAAGAAGCAGCUGGAUCUGACGAAGCCGAUGUAUCAAGCGACGCCGAUGAGUCCAGUGACGAUGAAAACAGUGGAGAAGAGGGCAAUCUCGUCACCAACGAGGGCUGGAGAGACUCCGUAGCCAAAAUCCUCAGCUCCAGCAAACCUAAAAAUAAGAAAACUCUAGUUCUAUCUAGAGCCAAAAAGCACUCAGAGGUUGUAAAGCCAGAAGUAACAGAAAAACCAGCAUUUGAAAUCAUAGGAGAAAAUAAAAAAGAGAAGCCGGUAGCGAAGGAGGAUGUAGAUGCAGCUGCAGAGCCUCCAGCCAAGAAAAAGAAACACGAAAAAGCUCCAAUAAGAGUAAAACCAAAUAUCCUAGAAAAAGAUAGGGAAAGGUUACUAUCUAAAAUAGCAACAAAAGGUGUAGUACAACUAUUCAAUGCAGUUAGGAACCAACAGAAGUCACUUGGGCAGCAAAUAGACAGGAAUGAUAUAACUGAGGGAGCCAAAGAGAAGAUUUUGAAGAAGUUUGACAAAAGAGCUUUCUUGGACACCCUCAUGGGCCAGACCAAGUCUGUGGUGGUGGAUGAAGCCACCAAGAAGUACAAGGAUGAGGUGAAAGAUGAAGAGAAGCCUAGGUGGAAUGCUUUAAGGGACGAUUUCAUGAUGGGAGCGAAAAUGAAAGAUUGGAAUAAGGAAUCAGAUGAUGAACAAUAAAAGAAGCAUACUUAAGUACCACAGUUUAUUAUGAUAAGUGUAAAUAAAUUAUUUUUAUUUACAAACAAA